GGUGUCAGUCGCGGGGAAGGAGAGGAAGGGGAGUUGAAGUGCGAGGGAGAGUCCGUGCUGCUGCGUGGGGCCGAGGCUUUGCUUUCGCUCUGGGGUUUCGGCGAAGGCUUCGUUGUCGUCGUCUGGCUUGGGCUGUAGAAAUGCAGCAAGAUAUACAUGCCCUCGAUGCAAUUUUGCAUACUGUUCAUCCAGUUGCUACAAGCAUGCAUCACAUGCACGCUGCUCCGAGAGCUUCUACAAGGACAUGGUAGAAGCAGAGCUCAGAAGUGGAACCGUGUCAGAAGAAUCCCGUAAGAAAAUGGUUGAGAUCUUGCGCCGUGUGGAGGCUGGCGAAUCUAUUUUACCUGAUAAUGUGGAUGAACCCCUGGACUCAGACGAUGAAGAUGAUGAUGACCUUGCUGUUAGGAUGGCAGACAUCGACCUCAAUGACAGUGAAGCUGUCUGGAAGAAGCUCACAGAGAAAGAGCGUCAAGAGUUCCGUCAGCUAGUCAACUCAGGCAGCUUCGAUGACCUGCUCCCCCCCUGGAGUCCCUGGUGGGAGCAGGAAGUCCCGUCAGUCCAGGAGAUCAGCCCGGGUCACCAGACUGUCCCUGCGUAUGUGGCCAAGUGCCCACCGCUUGUAGACGUUCCCUUACUUAGUCAAGUGAUGAAAGGCUCCCCGUCUCCAACCGUCCCCUUCAACAUCCUGAAUGUCCUGUCAGGAUACGCUUGGACGGUUAGGCUCUUCAAUGGCGACCACCAGGAGAGUAGCGUCGAUGCCACGGAGGCCCUGCUCUCCUUGUCGGCUGCGCUCUCAGCAAAUGCCAACUUUGAGGAGGCUGCCAUUGCCGUCGAGAGCCCGAAGAUGGAAGCACAGAAUCACCCAUGGCUAAUGGAAAGUGAGGAGUUCGCGGGAACGGUGAGGAGGGAUGUGAUGAAGAUGCUGAAGGGGCCUUCAGCAUCAGACCAGACCUUCUAUGUGAGGGCUGCACUCUCAGAGAUCCAUGUCCUGCUGAGCACCUGCAAGGCCUCCCUGUCCAAAAAGAAGAAGUCAGGCACAAGGAAAGGCCUAUUUACAUCAGCAUUUGGAGAAGCAAGUCAGCAUGUGGAACUCAAGAUCACAACCUUGCCGCUAGUCAAUUCCUCCCUGAAGAAGGUGGAGUUCCUGCUAUCAUUUGUUCAGGAGUAUGCACCUGCUAUCAUCAGUCUGAGCCCAACGUAAAUGCUUCAACAGAAGACCCUGGCCACAGAAAUGAGUGAAAACAACCAAUUGGCUUUCUGUCACGGCAUGCUUCUUCACCUCUUUGAAAUAAAGUCAGUGAUUGAGGUUUGGAACUGUGGAAAAACUGUAUGUGAGUUUGGGCUGUGACAGUCAGGCUUAGAAAUGAAACUGUAUAUAUGUAUGGGAAGGCAGGCAGGGCUAAGCAUGUUUCUCUCUCUCUCUCUCUCUCUCUUUCUCUCUCUCUCUCUCUCUCUCUCUCUCUCUCUCUCUCUCUCUCUCUCUCUCUCUCUCUCUCUCUCUCUCUCUCUCUCUCUCUCUCUCUCUCUCUCUCUCUCUCUCUCUCUCUCUCUCUCUCUCUCUCUAGCUCUAGCUCUAGCUCAAACUGUCAAACUCUUGUAACAAAAUUAGUUUUUAUGAGCUAUAUUGAAUAUGAUAAAUCUGAUAAUUUAACUUAUUUAAUUGAUCUUUUAUCUUUCAAUUGAGGCAGUUUUCAUUAAGAGGUAAUUAUUCUAUGAGAAAAGGUAUUGAUGACAUGCAGAAAGGCUGGUGUUCUAUUGUUAACAAUGGGGCACUACUUGUUUGCGUGGGUUUACUGAGCAAUAUUCUUUAUGGUAUUGUGCCAUUGUCUUAUGUUGUAAUUUCCACAGGAGUCUUGUUGUACUUACUGUCAGUGCCAAAUGCUAAAUACAGUCUUGUUUUUUGCAUGACUGUCCUUCUAAUGCAAGCAGUUUCAGUGAAGAAAGGAAGAAUUUCUUUGAAGGAAUGUGUUUAUGUUAGGAAGGUUAUGGGUAUACAUGUUGUGCAAAUGUAAUUGUCACAUCCUGUACGUGUAUGAUGUAUGCUAAUGUGAUGCCCUGUAAAUCAUCAUAUUGAAAUGAAAACAAAGGUACUGGAGGGAGAGAUGAUUCUGCAAAUUUUGCUUUGCUUAGGGAUCUGUGAGCAGUAGGAAAUGUGUCUGGCACUUUCAUUGUUAAUUUUAUACUGAGGGAACCUCAAGUAUGUAUUCCAUGCACAGCAGUUUAUUUGAUAUAUGAAAACCCAUAUUAUUGGAUUUAUUUUGUUAGCUAAACAGAUUAGCCAGUGUCAGUUAUUAUUCCUAGUGACAACGAAGAUGGGCAUUAUUAGCCACUCAAAGACAAAAGUUGUCCAUUAUAACAAGGGCAUCUUUAGGUCUAUGUGUGUUAAGUUGGAGUAUUCUUAAAUGGUUUAUUCUCUAGAGAUGAGCCUUGUUGAGGUUGGCAGAUUUUUAGCACCAUAUAGUAAAUGCUUUCCUUGCAUAAAUGUUUCAUAUUUAGAUUUUAUUAGUGUGUAUUUUGAAUAAUAAUAUCACGUUUAAAGAAUCUUCCUUAUGAUGCUUCAUUGUGUGCUUUUUGUGUAAUUAAUAUAUUUUUGUUAUGUAUGUCUACAAAUAUUUUUUUAUUUUAUGUUUCUUAACUCUGCAGCCAAUUUUCUUAGAUGGUUAUGUAAGUUCACUGUUGCAUCACUUAUAAUGUUUGUAUCAGUAGCUGUUAGAUAAUUGGCCUCUGUUAGAUAUUCAUUCUUUACAUGUCUAAACAUGAUAUCUGACUUGCACAUCACACAUGGAGAUACAGGGAAUAGAAAAGGAAAGAGAUAAUGCUUAAUAAAAAGUAUAUAGAGGAGAAUCACAGGAAUGAUUGAACUGAUUGACAAUUGAGGAGCAACUUAGAGGAAUGUGUUUCAGGUCUUUUAGGAACUAGACAAAACAUUCAUUAGUGUAAGGAAGCGUUGCCAUCAGAAAAUCCACACUUUGAUCUGUGCCAUUCACAGGAAUCAUCACCUUUGCCAUUUUCAUCAUCAUUUCAAUUCUCAGGAGGAUUUGCUGGGAGGGACUGGGGGGCAUAGUGACUUUUUUUCUUCCCAAUUUGCAAUGUCAGAGCCAAUAUUUUUAUUACUGUCAUUGCAUACUGUUAUUAUUAUUAUUUUUGUUAUUAUUACUAUUAUUAUUAUUACUAUUAUUACUAUUAUUAUUAUUAUUAUUAUUACUAUUAUUGUUGUUACUAUUAUUUUCAUUUCAGGCAAACAUAGGAGAUAGUGCUGAUAUUAGUUGGUUUUCUUGGCUGAUUGACUUUAUUAGCAGGAUUAGGGGGAAAAAAUGUGAUAGAUUUUGAUGACAGCAUAUACUUUUUUAUUAUUUCACACUGCUAUAGGUCAGAUUAAUAGCCAGUUAUUUAUUAUAGAUCUGAUUAUAUUACUUUUGCAAUUAAUUUUCUUAUAACAAACACAAUAACAUAGUCACAUAAUUUUGAUUACAAUUACAUGUACACUGGUGAUGAGAAUGAAAGUCACAAUUAUGAUUAUGAUUAGAUAUGUAGUUACUGUUAUUAUUUUAUUUAAUAUUAUCAUUAUCAUUAUAAGUAGGCCUAUUACUUUUACUGGUUAUGUCUUGGUAUUUUGAGUCAUUAUUAUCUUUGGAUGAGAAUGUUUUUUCUUUCUUUAAUGGUUAAAUAAUGAUGAAUAUUACUGUUUACAAAUACCAGAUGAGAGUCAUUGCAGUAAAAAGAGUAAUAGUAAAUUUAUUAAUAGAUAUGUGAUUGCAAAAUUGAAGGACGAAAAUAAUGGAGGAAAAUAUAUGUGCUUAUGGACACAAAAACUAAGAAAUUUCAGCAUUGUAUUCAAUCUCUGACAAUUUUGUUUCAUUAGAAAAUUGUGGAAUUCAGUUUUGACGGUAAAAUGGGAUAUUAUUAGGAUAAAAAAGGGAGUAAUAAGUGAUUACUAAUAUGUUUUGGUAACAAGUCUAUUGUGAAGUAUUUAAUAUUUAUGUUGGUGUUAUUAUUAUUGAUUUUGUUUAUUUUCAUCAUCAUCAUCAUUAUUAUCAUUAUUAUUAUCGUCAUUAUCAUUUUUAUCAUCAUCAUAGUGAUUGCUACAAAAAUUUAUGGACUUCCAAGUUAUCUUCAACAAAAAUCAGAGAUACUGUCAUGCCUGUAUGUCAACAUGACCUGUCGGUAUUAAUUUUGUGGCUAUGAUAUUAUUUUCAACUAAUAUGCUACAAAAGUGCUCUCAGAUAUUUUUGUGUACUCUGAAGAGGAAUUGACAGAAGUUUUCAGAAUAGUUAGAUUAAAACAGAAAAAACUCCGAGCAGUGUCUUGGUUAUAAAGAGAGAUCGUAAAUAUCCCAGACCUAGUGCAGGAGUUGGAAUUUAUUUGUUUUUAGUUCUAUUUAUUUAUUUAUUUUUGUAACAAUCUGUGAACGUUCCCAAGUGUAAAUUUUUACAAUUCUUGAGUGAUAUUAUCACCGUUAUUGUGAUAGUUUUUAUAAUUUGAAGUAAAGGUAUUGUUAAUGUCAUGAUCAUUAUUUUCUCAAGAGUGAUUAUUAAAGGAUCACAGAAACAUAAGGGUUGUAAUAAGGGUGAAAGGAAAUAGAAGUGGAGAAAAAGAUGAACAUUGAACAACAGUGGAAAUAACAAGCUAAAAAAAGAAACAAGAUGAAGAAGGAAAUAGAGAAUAAAAUAAAGAAAUAUUAAAAAAAAAAGUUAAUGAAAGAAAAUACAAUAAAGAAAGGAUGUUAAAAAAGAAAAACUAGGUGAAGAACAGGAAUGGAAAUUUUGUCUAAGAAUGACUGGGAAAAAAAAAAAAAAAAAAUGGUGAAAUUGACUAAAAUGGAAAUUACUACUGAUUUUUUUUUUUUUUUCUUUUUCUUCUUUUUCUUUAAUUAAUGAGAAAGGAGUGUGUGAUUUUAGAAUUAGUGAUCAGGUCUACAUGAUGUGUCUUCCCCCUCCCCCCCUCUCCCUCACAGUACCCUACCCCCCUCUACUCACAGUGCCAAACCCUUUGAUAAUCUAAUGUGAUUAUAGUGCCGGUAUAGUAAGAUGCAAAGAGCUUAUAGUGCCGAUAUUGUAAGAGAUAUUACAUUUGUACGAGAAAAAGUAGCUAUACCGAUUGUUAGAAUCACAAGGUCUAUAUUUUUCACUAUGUUGGUACUAUUUUGUGUUGUGUGAUUAAUUGUAGGUAUAAAGCACUGUGUCCUUUGCUGUUGUUGUGACUGUGAUAUGUAUUUUACCGAUAUGUAGAAACUCGGAGGAAUUAUACUCGUUUGUUUUU